CCCAAAACCCGAAUGGAACAAACCGCAAGCCGUCAGUCAUUUCAGCCAUGUCCUAGCGUUUGAGUCAAAUUCAGCCAAUCGUUCGUCCUGUUGGUGAAACCUGCACCGCUUACACUCUUGUUCUCUCCCAAGCCAGCUCCAGGUCCACUGAUCUCUCUAGCCUAGUCCCCUGUUCUCAACCCUGUGACAGCCGUCUCUUGGCGUUUUGAAACCCUCGCUCUGCUCUGAGCCCUCCCAGCCCUGCUCACUCGCUGCUGCUGGUAAAUCUCUCGCAGAUCGCUUAGGCGCUAUUGUUCGUUCCGCAAAAACAGCAGCCAUGACACUCACCCCACUGCACCCGCUGGACCCGAAGAGCGUUCGACACGUGGCCGCUGCUGCAGCCAGGUCGCCGUUCCUCCGAGGUCCUGGCACGACUUUCCACACCAUGUCGGAUUGUGCGAUUCCGGAUAGUCCCGUGAGAAGCGGUUCCUUGCCUCGGCGCCAUCAUCAUCACCAUCACCACGGCCUGCAGGUGGAUGUGGAUCCAAUGAUCGAGGAGGCAUGGGAGGCUGCCGUCUCGUCCUUCUCGGAUUUUCAGGGAGCGUUUGAAGGGCCGUCGAAGGCGAUCAAGGAGGGAGGAGCGUCCCUGGCGAAGAAAGCCCACGAGGUCGGAGAGGCCGUCUGGAAGACACUCGAACCGACUAACCUUCCCUGGUCCAGGGAGCAUUCUCCUCGAGGCCCGUCCCCUCGCGGCCACCAUUGAUUGACAGCCGUUGAUCGCUCUCUCCCUUGCGGGCCUUCCUGAUACACGCGUCUCCAUGGAAUGGAUGACGUGGAAGUUGCUGGAAGACCUUUUCCUGUGCAUAUACUGCCAUCAUACUGCAUAUACCAUGCCCGCCAGUGGCUUCUGGUGGCAUUACUGGUUGUGUGCCAGUGCGCUGGCGCUCUUUCAUACUUGAAGUGCUCGUAUUGGGAGUUAAUUUAGAGGCUGAAGUGUUCUUUGUACCGUACCUGUAUAUAUUUGUUUGUUAACCUGAUGUUUGCGUAAGAAUUACUGGUUCCCACCACUUUUAGUU